UCCAGCAUCUCCGAACAGGGGACUAUAAUAUCAGCAAAAAUUAGGAUGUUGAAAUGAUAUAUUUUGCGUUUUUCCUCACUAUAAAAUCAUAAUUUUGUUCCGAAGGGAAUUUGUCUACAAUGGACUUUAUAGGGACAAAUAUUUUGUUAUUCUGACUUUUUCAAUGAGAUAUGCCUACUCGCUUUUGCUAUUGGAGUUAAUGCCGAAGAUUACAAGAUGAAGAAGCAGUUCAAUCGAAUGCGGCAGCUCGCUAACCAAACUGUCGGCAGGGCUGAAAAAACUGAGGUGUUAAGUGAUGAUUUACUGCAGGUUGAGAAGCGUUUGGAACUGGUAAAACAGGUAUCUCACAACGCACAUAAGAAGCUGACAGCAUGUCUCCAGGGGCAACAAGGAGUCGAUAUGGAUAAGAGGUCUUUGCGAUCUCCUUCGAAAAAACUGGCACUAACAACACUGGCGCAAUGCCUUAUGGAAGGAGCAACUAUUCUGGGGGAUGACUCACUGUUGGGGAAGAUGCUACAGAUGUGUGGGGAGACACAGGACCAUCUGGCUCAGGAGCUUCUGCUGUUCGAAGGCCAAAUUGACAGAGAUGUCAUAGAGCCACUCUACGAACUUGCCGAGGUUGAAAUUCCCAAUAUCCAAAAACAGAGGAAACACUUAGCCAAGCUGGUGCUGGAUAUGGACUCUGCACGGACACGAUGGCACCAGUGCUCCAAGUCUUCAGCUUUGUCUAAAGAACAGGCUAUGGGAGCCAAGGUUGAGGCCGUCAGGGAAGAGAUGGAGGAGGCAGCCAAUCGCAUGGAGAUCUGCAGGGAUCAGCUGUCAGCAGACAUGUACAGUUUUGUGGCCAAAGAAAUCGACUAUGCAAACUACUUCCAGAUGUUGAUUGAGGUGCAAGCAGAGUACCACAGAAAAUCCUUGGAGUUGCUCAAGAACAUUCUUCCUCAGAUUAAAGCACACCAAGAGGCAUGGGUGGAGAAGCCAUGCUUUGGGAAACCCCUGGAGGAACACCUGAAAGUGAGUGGCCGUGAGAUCGCCUUCCCUAUCGAGGCCUGUGUCACCAUGCUGCUUGAGUGGGGUCUGCAGGAGGAGGGCCUUUUCCGCGUGGCACCAUCAGCAUCUAAGCUAAAGAAGCUGAAGGCAUCACUGGACUGUGGCGUGUUAGACGUCCAGGAGUACUCCACCGACCCACAUGCCAUUGCUGGUGCACUGAAAUCAUAUCUGCGGGAGCUUCCUGAGCCACUGAUGACCUCAGAACUUUAUGAUGAGUGGAUACAAGCAUCCAAUGUCCAGGAGCAGGACAAGCAGCUGCAGGCCCUGCUGCUGGUGUGUGAGAAACUGCCAAAGUCCAACAACAGCAACUUCAGAUAUUUAAUAAAGUUCCUUGCCAAACUGAGUGAAUAUGAGGAUGUUAAUAAGAUGAGUCCUGGGAACAUGGCCAUCGUCUUGGGUCCCAACCUGCUGUGGCCUCACACUGAGGGGAGUAUUACUGAUAUGAUGACCACUGUCUCACUGCAGAUUGUGAGAAUCGUCGAACCCAUCAUCCAGCAUGCUGAUUGGUUUUUCCCCGGGGAGAUUGAGUUUAAUUUAACAGGAAACUAUGGCAGUCCUAUGCACACCAAUCACAAUGCUAACUACAGCCCAAUGCCCUCCCCUGACAUGGACCAAUCAGAUUACAAGCAAAUUGAACAAGGGAGACGCCCACUAAGCGUUGCCACAGACAACAUGAUGCUUGAAUUUUACAGGAAAGAUGGCAGCAUUAGGAAAAUACAGAGUAUGGGCGUGCGUGUGAUGGACCCCUCCUGGAUUUCUCGGAGAGGAAAUCCAGCUCAUCCACAGAGCUCAUCCACACCUCACAGUGUGCAACCUACCACCCCUCCCCCUGAUUCACCAAUCACAGAGCAGCCUGGGGAGUUGGUAACCUCCCCCUCCCCAGUUCCAUCCCCUAAUAGCAAUGAUAGGACCAGUGUGCUGAAGAGUAAGGAGCCUUCACCUGUACUUGGCCAAAGAUUUGGUCAAGCAAUAUCGCCCUCUGGUGGGCAGAUACAGCUAUCUGACCAGAACCCCUACCCACUCCGCAAAGUGCCCAGACCUCCAGCCCCUCUGCACUGUCUUCCCCACCCUCGCUCGCAGGCACUCCCCCCAAGACCCGACCUGCCAUCAAACCCCCACGGCAAAGACCCUCUCUGCCACCACCUGAGCCACCCAGCCCCACUCCAGGAACCAGCCCCCAGCCUCUGGAGCCCAAUGCUGCUUCCUUGCUGGAUGGACUGUCCCAAGGGGAAAGCAUGUCCACAGAUUCUCUGGGCAGCUUGGACAUUCCUAUCGUUAAUUUGGGUGACUUUCACAGUGAGGGCACUGACGACCCCAUCAGGAUUUUUGUGGCAGAUUCUGAGUCUAACAGCAGCAUUGAUUCUUCGGAGGAGUCGGAGAGCACUGCUCUAUGACAUCAUGAGGCUCCUCCCACAUCCCUGCACUGUUCAGGAAGCCUCUGCUCUCUCACAUCUGCACAAGAGAAGAGUUCUGCAUCCGUUGCUGCUACUGGGCCUAUUGCAAUAUUUGCCAUUCCAUCAUCUAAAGCUAGCACUGACUAAGGAAACAUUGCUACACAGAAAAUUGAGUAAUUAAAAGAAUAAUUAAGAGAAUAAGUGUAAUUUCCAUAAAGUAGUGGAUUGAUCACUUUUUAUUAUGCUUUAUUUUAUUGUUACUACAAUUUGUAAUUGCCUUAUCUGUGAUUUUGCAGUUUUGCCUUGAGUUCUGUAAAGUUUUACUUGAAAGUGAGGUGUUCAUCUGUGCUCUGCUGGGUGGAUCCCUAUAAACAGUAACCCAGUUUUGAUUCAGCACAAGUCUCCUACGUUUAGGAUUAGGCUUGGGGUUGGGGUUAGGGAAGGGUUAGGGUAGGCUUAGAGUAACUUUAACCCCAAGUCCUGCACUAAAGUUCUGAAUUAGAAUAGACUUUGUAAUCCUGAGUCAAAUUGCCAGCUUUCCUGUUAUGUUCUAUUAUGGAUUUAACCAACUGUCCAGAUUAUAUCAAAACCAGAACUACAAUCUGCUGAUGCAAAUAAGUCACUGAUUGGGGAUAUUAAAAACUGUGGUAAUAGAUAGGCUUUGGCUAUGGGUGGAUCUGAGUAAUCUUUCAGUCCUGUGUUUUUACUAUGUCAGAUAGGAGAGGAGUUUCUAUUUUUUAGCUUGACAAUGAUGUUAGAACAUGUUUGAUAUCUGUCUAGUGCUCUAACCCACUGACACAUUGAAUGCUGGUGUAUUGUCUAAUAGUUUCUAAAUUUGUAAGUUUAGCAUUAGAGGCACGGACACAUGACAUACAUUAUCGACCCAUAAACAUAAUGACUUGAGAGAGAGUGUGUGUGUUGUAUUAUCCUAAAGCAGAUGCUCUAAUCCUAGUUCUGAAGGACUGCAGAACUGUUUAGUGUUGUUUCUGCUGCUUCAGCAAACCCUUUAUGCACUGUUGCAUUGAGCUAAGUAAAUCAGAUAGGGUGCUGGCUCUUUCUAAGGGUGGUGUGAUAGAAGUUAAUAAUGAAACUGCAUUUUGAUGAAUUGCAAUGAAAGGUUUUCUGACCCACUGAUUAAAGAAUAAGGGGAAUCAAUAGAAAGGGCUCAGUGAGAGUUAGAGUUAAUAAUAAUUGGUGGUAAACUUUAAAUGUAAUUGAAAACAUUGUAUAGGAGAAUAGUUUCAGAAUGAGGGAAGUUGCUGAUUAAUGCUGAUAAAUCUUAGGGUUAGGUUAACCUUAACCCUAAUCCUAGGGUUAACAAUAACCCUAAUCCUAGAUUAAUGUAUAACCCAUGCCAAUAAGUGUUUCUCGUUGAACUCAUCUAUAUGUACAUACUCUGUACACAGAAAAAUGUAUAUAAUCUAUAGGGAAAUGUAUAAAUUUAUUUAUAAAAACACAAAAUCUUAUACACACACUCUCUCUCUCUCUCUCACACACACUCACACACACUCUACUGGUGGUGGUUUUUACUAUGAACAAUAUUUUACCACAAUGCAGGUUUGUUCUUUGCACUGGUAUCAGACUUGCUGUUCUUGCUGUAUGAGGUACUGGUGUUGGCAUGUGUCCCAUUUUUGCUCUUCACUUUAAACAAGUGAACCCUCACACAGCCUCAGUAGCUCAAGAUGUAUAUGUGAUUGGCAAGAGAACAUGUGUAUACAUGUGUUCAUGGCUUCUGUUACAUGGCCUUAUACUGUAAAGCACAGAUUUUGUAUGUGGUGUAUGUUGAGCAGAAUGUCUCUGCCAGUUUCUUGUAAUAUCCACAAUCUCCCGUUUUAAAGUUCCUUUUGUCUAAUCCGCUUCCCCUUUGCACAUAGAGGGUUCUUGAGAAGUUAAAAUUUGAUAGAACAUGAUGUGACGAGAAAGCAGCUGUGCUCUGUGAGAGUGGUGCGUCGCAUGCAUAUGAUGAGCGGGCUUUUUGAGAUGGGGGUAACACAUUUUAUAUGGCGGUUUUGUAUUCAUAUUGGCUUAGUAAAGCUCCACGACAGUGUGUGCAUAUGUUUGUGGAGCACGUCUUUGAAAACAGAAGGCAGAGUUCUAUUGUGUUUUGUUGGUUAUACAGUUUUGAUACAUUGUCAUGUGUAUGUGCUGUAAUGUAAAACAUAACUGAAAAUGUCAUGAUUUUAGCUGCUUUUUUGAGAUAGAACAUUGGAUGUCCCAGGAGCAAGAUAUCUAUAAAAUUUUGUCUUCAACUCUUACAGCUCUUCUAGGUCUGCAUAGUGCACUAUUCACAGUAUGAAGUACAUUAUAACUUACAGUGCACCAGUAUUCAGCCACCAGGCUGAAGAGCAUCUGCUCAGUUGUAGCAGUGCCGCCCUAGUGGGAACAUCUAGAACAGCCUUUGUAUGCCUGGAUCUGAUCAGCAGGGAUUAAACAGACCAAAACCAACAGUAUGAUUCUGCAGCACACAACACAUUACCUGCAUUUGUAUAGGUGAAGUGAUGAUGUUUAUGAUUCUCCUUUUCCAUGGUAUUUAUUUUCUUUAUAUGAAAGGUUUUAUGCUGAAGCUUGGAAAAAACUAAAGGGGUCAAAUCAAAUGGAAUAUACACAUGUACACACAAACACACAAGCACUCAUAUAU